AUGAGAAGCCCUUCAAGCCGGCUCUUUGCCCGGCAUACCUGGACCUGCCUCCAGUGCAGAUCCUCUUCCACCUCCGCAGGCGCGCAACUCCGCAAAUCGAAGACCAACUUGCCCGAUACGCCUGCACGCACGCGUUUUGCACCCUCGCCGACCGGAUAUCUCCACUUGGGCUCUUUGCGAACAGCUCUUUUCAAUUAUCUUCUUGCGAAACGAACUGGUGGCCAAUUUCUGUUGCGCAUUGAGGAUACCGAUCAGAAACGGACGGUUCCGGAUGCUGAACAACGACUGUACGAUGAUUUAAAUUGGGCGGGACUGCAUUGGGAUGAGGGCCCUAUCGUGGGUGGUCCUUAUGGCCCAUAUAGACAGUCCGAGCGAACAGCUCUGUACCGAAGCCAUGCCGAAGAACUGAUCUCCAAUGGCCACGCCUAUCGGUGCUUCUGCUCCUCCGAGCGUCUCGAUUCAUUUGCACGCCAUCGAAGCCAGGCCGGUCUGGCACCUGGUUAUGAUAGAAAAUGUGGACACAUCUCCUCUGAGGAAUCCGCGGACCGAGCAUCCAAGGGCGAAGCUCACGUCGUCAGGUUGAAGGUGGAGACAUAUCCCAUGUUCAACGACUUGGUCUAUGGCAAGACUGGACAGAAUAAGCCUAAUAGCAGCAAAUUGGACUUGAUUGAUCGAGUUUACGAUGACCCAAUUCUGCUGAAGUCGGACGGACACCCAACAUAUCAUCUGGCGAAUGUGGUGGACGACCAUUGCAUGAAAAUCACACAUGUCAUUCGCGGAACGGAAUGGAUGCCCUCGACUCCAAUGCAUGUCGCCCUAUAUAACGCUUUCAAGUGGGAGCCGCCACGCUUCGGCCAUGUCCCUUUGCUGGUUGACAAGUCGGGGCAGAAAUUAAGCAAGCGGAACGCCGACAUCGAUUUAUCCUCUUUCAAAGACCAACAAGGCAUCUUCCCAGCCACGCUUGUCAACUUCGCUUCCCUUUUGGGCUGGUCGCACUCGCAGAAGUCUGAUGUGUUUGACCUAGGAGAGUUGGAGCAACUUUUCAACCUCAAAUUUACUCGUGGAAACACGACUGUAGCAUUUGAGAAGCUCUGGUUCCUUCAAAAAGCACACGCACAGCGCUUCGCGGCAAAUGGCGGUCCUGAAUUUGAUGAUAUGGUCAACAGAGUAUGCGAGGUUGUCGGGGAGAAUCAUCUCAACCCACACUUUGAGCGGAUUCUCAAGGGCCGCACGCUUCCCGAGUACAUCGCCCCUCUCAUCCGUGCGGACGCCAAGUCCUACACCACAGCCAAUGAGUUCGCGGAGCGUAACGCAACUUUCUUUGCUACUAAACUCGACCGACCUCCUUAUACUCCCAUCUCGUCCUCUUCGCCAGCAAACCCUACUGUCCCUAUGCUAGCUCUGCACACCGCAGCAGCAGCUUUGACACUCGUUCCAUCAGCUCACUGGAACAUCGAGAUGCACCGCUCCAACAUCUCAUCCUAUGAUGGCUCUGAUUCGGUUGAGAUUCCGUCUGAAGUUGACACAUCAUCCGUGGCUACCGACAAGGUCUUCAAAAAGGAAUUGUACCAAUAUCUUCGCUGGGCCUUGUCUGCUUCGGCACCAGGACCCGGCAUGCCUGAGACUAUGACCAUCCUUGGAAGAGAUGAAACGGUGCGCAGACUGCAAGAUGCGAAGACGCUUACACAGCAUUUGGUACCGCAGGUAGGUCGACGGGUGCCGAAGUCCUCUGGAGAAAAGAAACUGCAGGAAGAUCGGAGUUGGAUGGGAUCUCUUGCCCCUGGUCAGUAA